AUGCUUCCGUCUGAUGUCACGCAUAAACCAUCAAAAAUGUCAGUGACAGAUAUCUAUGCCAGUUUUGGUGAAAAGAGGGCGUUGUUCGCAUUAAAAAUGUCGGAUAAUGGCAGUGAUAUUAGUAAUUUAAGUUUAUCAUCGUUGGAUGAUCAAGUUGUAUUUGAAAAUGUUCGUGAUCAAUAUUUGAAAGGGCAAAAUAUUUGCUGUUAUUUCUAUUUAUUGAAAGAUGUUAAAACAAGUACAGACGAUAAAAUUGGCUUAUUUCGAGUCGGUUGUACAAAUGUGAAAGAUUCACUUGCAUUUGCAAAACCAGAAAUAUUAGCCGAAUCGAAUGGCAGUAUGUCGGGUCAAGCAAUAUUUCUUAAUGAUUCGUUACCAAAAUCUGAUGAAGAAUUUUAUCAAUUUUGUUAUAUUCUUUCGUCAACAAAUCGAUCCAUUGGGUCUUCGAUACCAUUUCAAUUAAAUUGUUUAGAUGAUGAUAUUUGUGCCUAUAAUGGAGAAGAUGAGCAAAGUGAAGGUCAUCAUCUGAAUCCUGCUGUAAAUAAACGUAGUGCCAAUGAUUUAGUUACUAUCGAUACGGUUGGUGGUGAAACAAAUGGUGGAGGAGAUGUUGAUUUUAUUGUAAUUCAAACAAAACAUAUUCUCACCGAAGAAAAACUCAAAAAUGAUUGUAAACAAUUGUUAUCGAUAAAUCGCAAAUUAGAAAAAGAAAAUGAUCAAUUAAAAAUGCAAAUGGAUCAAAUUGAAAUAAAAUCAAACGAAAUUGUUAACAAAAUGAAUCAAGAUAUUAUUGCCCGGGAGAAACAGCAUGCUUCACUUGCAAGCGAAUUGGACGGAUAUAAUCAACGUGAAAUGUCUUUAAAAGCGGAUUAUUUACAAUGUCGGGAAUUAUAUCAAACACAAAGUGAAACAGUUCAAUUGUAUCUAUCAAAACUCGCAGAAUUAGAAGUAGAUAAACAAGAAUUAGAAACAAAGAUAAAAAAGGUUCGACUUCUUUAUGAUGAUGCAAUCGAAAAAUUACAAAUGCAAACACAAACAUGCAAACAUCAACAAAUACAAAUUGGUAAGCUAAGAGUAAUGAAUGUUGACAAUUUGAAGGAGCAAAGAUGUGAUUUAAAAAUGUCCCAUGAAAAACAUUUAAUGUCGGUGCAAAAACAACUUGAUAUUGAACGCAAUAAAUUCUUACAGUUAUCAUCGAGUCAUCAAGAUUUAACAUCACGUUAUGAACUAGUCGAUGAUCAAAUGAAAGCAUUGGCAAGUACCAAUGCAAUUUUGAAAGACGAGCUAAAACAAAAGGCACACGAUAAUGAACAGUUGCAUUGUGUUUGUUUUGAAAAAAGCGAAAUGUUGGCACUGUUAGAAGAACGUUAUAAUUUAAAACAGUGUGAAACAGAAACGUUUCAACAGCAAAUGGGACAGGCAAAAAGUGAAUUAGAAUUAAUUCGUACAGAAUUAGAAGAUUUGAAAGCAAAUCAGCAGUCACACAAUGCAUUGAAAUUAUCUUAUUCGGUAGUGGAAAAACGUUGUUUAAAACAUCAGAAACAAGAGAAAGAUUAUAAAAAACAAGUCGACGUUUUACAAGAUCAUAUUCGUGAUCAACAAAAUGAAAUAAAUGAAUUACGCGAUCGUUUGCAUGAAGCUGGUUCUGAAUAUAAAACCAUUUAUCGUAAAUAUUUACAAAUGCAACGUCAUAAUAGUGGUAAUGAUAAAGACUUAUCAUCAUCAGCAUCAAUCUCUAGUCUACAAUCAAAAACGAAAAUGACUGAUCGAAGUCAAAUACCAUUAAAACAAGUGCCUGUUUUAUCAACUUCAUGUAAUAUGAAAGAUCUUGUUUGGGAUGCUGAAAAAAAACCUUUUGAACAAGGCAAUGAACAUCAAGAACAGCAAUCAUUUGUAUCCUCUCUACCACAAACAACAACAAUGUCGAAUGAAACCGGAAUUAAUGAAGAAAUGUUGGUGAACUUGUUACGCCAAAGAUAUAUUCGAAACCCAAAUAGUGAUGAAGAUCAAGCAUCAUCCUUCGCCUAUGAUAGUGAUCAAGAUUUAGAUGUUGGCUCUCCAUUAUUGCCGGAAAGUGGUAUUCAACUAAUAAAUACUGACGAAACAGCUGUGACAGAUCCUCCUGGUGAAAUUAAACAGUGUCCACUUUGCUUCAUGGAAUUUCCAUCUUUCACUUUAGAUGCAAAACGUGAACAUAUUGAAACUCAUUUCUCUUAA